UUCGAGGCGGCGGCGCUGCGGGACGAGGGCGAGGAGGAGGCGGAGGUGGAAAUGGCGGAGAGCGGGCGGCGGCUGCGGCUCCCGCGCGACCAGAUCCAGCGCAUGAACCCGCCCAAGUUCAGCAAAGCCGAGGACAUGGCCGAGCUGACCUGCCUCAACGAGGCCUCGGUUCUGCACAACCUCCGCGAGCGGUACUACUCCGGCCUCAUCUACACGUACUCCGGUCUCUUCUGUGUGGUCAUCAACCCGUACAAGCAGCUCCCUAUCUAUACGGAUGCCAUCAUAGAGAUGUACCGGGGCAAGAAACGCCACGAGGUGCCGCCCCACGUGUACGCGGUGACGGAGGGCGCCUACCGGAGCAUGCUGCAGGAUCGUGAGGAUCAAUCCAUUCUGUGCACCGGGGAGUCUGGUGCCGGGAAGACAGAGAACACCAAGAAGGUUAUCCAAUACCUCGCCCACGUGGCAUCAUCGCCAAAGGGCCGGAAGGAGCCGGGCGGUGAGCUGGAACGGCAGCUCCUUCAGGCCAACCCCGUCCUGGAGGCCUUCGGCAACGCCAAGACGGUGAAGAAUGACAACUCUUCUCGAUUCGGAAAGUUCAUUCGUAUCAACUUUGACAUCGCUGGCUACAUCGUGGGUGCCAACAUAGAGACCUACCUGCUGGAGAAGUCAAGGGCCAUCCGCCAGGCCAAGGACGAAUGCAGCUUCCACAUCUUCUACCAGCUGCUGGGGGGCGCCAGCGAGAAGCUCCAGGGGGAGAGGCUGGGAGUCACAGGGACGGCCCUGCGACUCUGGGCCCUGGGCGAGGGCGGAAUCCGUGCCGCUCCGCAGAUUCUCCCGCCCUCUGGCUCCAGCCCUCUCCUGCUCGCCAUCACGCUGGCUUCUGAAACCCCAUCUGCUGUGGCGCCUUCACCUCGCGGCUUCCACCUCCGGCGCCUGCGCCGACUCCAGCUUUGCUGCGGCUCCCGCUGCCUCGUGGCUCGCCUGCGGCCUGAGAGCUCUCUCCACUCCGGCUCCUCCAUGCUGCGGAUGGUCUCGGCCGUUCUCCAGUUUGGCAACAUCGUCCUGAGGAAAGAACGGAACACCGAUCAGGCCACCAUGCCCGACAACACAGCUGCGCAGAAACUCUGCCGCCUCCUGGGCCUGGGGGUGACUGAUUUCUCCCGCGCCCUGCUCACUCCCCGCAUCAAGGUCGGCCGAGACUAUGUGCAGAAAGCGCAGUCCAAGGAGCAGUUGAACUCCUUCGAGCAGCUGUGUAUCAACUAUACCAACGAGAAGCUGCAGCAGCUCUUCAACCACACCAUGUUCGUGCUGGAGCAGGAGGAGUACCAGCGCGAGGGCAUCCCCUGGACCUUCCUGGACUUCGGCCUCGACCUGCAACCCUGCAUCGACCUCAUCGAGCGGCCGGCCAAUCCCCCCGGACUCCUGGCCCUGCUGGACGAGGAGUGCUGGUUCCCCAAGGCCACCGACAAGUCCUUUGUAGAGAAAGUGGCCCAGGAGCAAGGUGGCCAUCCCAAGUUCCAGCGGCCGCGGCAACUGAGGGACCAAGCUGACUUCAGCGUCUUGCACUACGCAGGCAAGGUGGACUACAAGGCGAACGAGUGGCUGAUGAAGAACAUGGACCCUCUGAAUGACAACGUUGCAGCCCUGCUUCACCAAAGCACAGACCGGCUGACGGCCGAGAUCUGGAAAGAUGUUGAGGGCAUUGUGGGGCUGGAGCAAGUGAGCAGCCUUGGGGAUGGUCCGCCAGGUGGCCGCCCCCGCCGCGGAAUGUUCCGGACAGUGGGUCAGCUCUACAAGGAAUCCCUGAGCCGCCUGAUGGCCACCCUCAGCAACACGAACCCCAGCUUUGUCCGCUGCAUCGUUCCCAACCACGAGAAGCGGGCCGGGAAGCUGGAGCCCCGGCUGGUGUUGGACCAGCUCCGAUGCAACGGCGUCCUGGAGGGCAUUCGGAUCUGUCGGCAGGGCUUCCCCAACCGAAUCCUUUUCCAGGAAUUCCGGCAGCGGUAUGAGAUCCUGACCCCCAACGCCAUCCCCAAGGGCUUCAUGGACGGGAAGCAGGCCUGUGAGAAGAUGAUCCAGGCCCUGGAACUCGACCCCAACCUCUACCGCGUGGGGCAGAGCAAGAUCUUCUUCCGCGCUGGGGUCCUGGCCCAGCUGGAGGAGGAGCGAGACUUGAAGGUCACAGACAUCAUCGUGUCCUUCCAGGCAGCUGCGCGGGGCCACCUGGCCCGCAGGGCCUUCCAGAAGCGGCAGCAGCAGCAGAGCGCCCUGAGGGUGAUGCAGCGGAACUGCGCGGCUUACCUGAAGCUGAGACACUGGCAAUGGUGGCGGCUCUUCACCAAGGUGAAGCCGCUGCUGCAGGUCACACGGCAGGACGAGGUGCUGCAGGCGCGGGUCCAGGAGCUGCAGAAAGCGCAGGAGCUGCAGCAGCAGAGCGCCCGCCAGGUGGCCGAGCUCCAGCCCAUCUUGGGACCACUGACCCCUGACCCCCAUUCCCAGCUGGAGGAGGAGCGUUCCCGCCUGGCGGAGCAGCUGCGGUCGGAGGCGGAGCUGUGUGCCGAGGCCGAGGAGACGCGAGGGCGGCUGGCGGCCCGCAAGCAGGAGUUGGAGCUGGUGGUGUCAGAGCUGGAGGCCCGUGUGGGUGAGGAGGAGGAGUGCAGCCGCCAGCUGCAGACGGAGAAGAGGAGACUACAGCAGAACAUUCAGGUCUGCCCUGACCGCCUGCGGAAGGAGGAGAAGAGCCGCCAGGAGCUGGAGAAGCUGAAGCGGCGGUUGGACGGCGAGAGCUCGGAGCUGCAGGAACAGAUGGCCGAGCAGCAGCAGCGGGCGGAGGAGCUGCGGGCCCAGCUGGGCCGCAAGGAGGAGGAGCUGCAGGCGGCCCUGGCCAGGGCGGAGGAAGAAGGCGGGGCGCGGGCCCAGCUCCUCAAAUCCCUACGAGAGGCUCAAGCGGGGAUGGCCGAGGCCCAGGAGGAUCUGGAGGCAGAGCGCGGGGCCAGGGCCAAGGCGGAGAAGCAGCGCCGGGACCUGAGCGAGGAGUUGGAGGCGCUGCGGGGCGAGCUGGAGGACACGCUGGAUUCAACCAACGCGCAGCAGGAGCUCCGGUCCAAGAGGGAGCAGGAAGUGACAGAGCUGAAGAAGGCGCUGGAGGAGGAGGCCAAAGCCCACGAGGCAGCGCUGCAGGAGGUUCGGCAGCGCCACGGCCAGGCGCUGGGAGAGCUGGCGGAGCAGCUGGAGCAGGCCCGCAGGAGCAAAGGCACGUGGGAGAAAACGCGGCUGGUCCUGGAGGCCGAGGUGUCCGAGCUGCGGGCCGAGCUCAGUGGCCUGCAGACCGCGCGCCAGGAAGGCGAGCAGCGCCGCCGCCGCCUGGAGGCACAGCUGCAGGAGGUGCAGGGCCGCGCCGGCGACGGGGAGCGGGCCCGGGCCGAGGCCGCCGAGAAGCUGCAGCGAGCCCAGGCCGAGCUGGAGAACGUCUCCGGAGCCUUGAGCGAGGCCGAGUCCAGAGCCAUCAGGCUGAGCAAGGAGCUGAGUAGCACUGAGGCCCAGCUGCACGACGCCCAGGAACUUCUGCAGGAAGAGACCAGGGCGAAGCUGGGCCUGGGGUCCCGGGUGCGCGGCCUGGAGGCGGAGGCGGCCGGCCUGCGGGAGCAGCUGGAGGAGGAGGCAGCGGCCAGGGAGCGCGCGGGGCGGGAGCUGCAGGCGGCCCAGGCCCAGCUCUCAGAGUGGCGGAGGCGCCAGGAGGAGGAAGCAGGGGCGCUGGAGGCCGGGGAGGAGGCACGGCGACGGGCAGCCCGGGAGGCCGAGGCUCUGAGCCAGCGCCUGGCAGAAAAGACGGAGGCGGUGGAGCGGUUGGAUCGGGGCCGCCGGCGGCUGCAGCAGGAGCUGGACGACGCCACCGUGGAUCUGGAGCAACAGCGGCAGCUCGUGAGCGCGCUGGAGAAGAAGCAGCGCAAGUUCGACCAGCUCCUGGCAGAGGAGAAGGCGGCUGUCCUGCGGGCGGUGGAGGAGCGGGAACGGGUUGAGGCCGAAGGCCGAGAACGCGAGGCUCGGGCCCUGGCGCUGACCCAGGCCCUAGCGGAGGAGCAGAAGGCGCGUGAGGAGCUGGAGCGGCAGAACCGGGCACUGCGGGCCGAGAUGGAGGAGUUGCUCAGCAGCAAGGAUGACGUCGGCAAGAGCGUACAUGAGCUGGAACGGGCCCGCCGGGUGGCAGAACAGGCAGCCAGCGACCUGCGGACGCAGGUGACAGAGUUGGAGGACGAGCUGACGGCCGCCGAGGACGCCAAGCUGCGCCUGGAGGUGACGGUACAGGCUCUCAAGGCCCAGCACGAGCGGGACCUGCAGGGCCGCGACGAGGCCGGCGAGGAGAGACGUCGGCAGCUGGCCAAGCAGCUGAGGGACGCCGAGGUGGAGCGGGAUGAAGAGCGGAAGCAGAGGGCGCUGGCCGUGGCCGCCCGCAAGAAGCUGGAAGCGGGGCUGGAGGAGCUGAAGGCUCAGACGGCGGCCGCCGGGCAGGGCAAGGAGGAGGCCGUGAAGCAGCUUCGCAAGAUGCAGGCCCAGAUGAAGGAGCUGUGGCGGGAAGUGGAGGAGUCACGCACCUCCCGGGAGGAGAUCUUUGCCCAGAACCGGGAAAGCGAGAAGCGCCUCAAGGGGCUGGAGGCUGAGGUGCUGCGGCUGCAGGAGGAACUGGCUGCCUCAGACCGCGCCCGGCGUCAGGCCCAGCAGGAGCGGGACGAGAUGGCGGACGAGGUGGCCAGCGGCAACCUGAGCAAGGCAGCCAUUCUGGAGGAGAAGCGUCAGCUGGAGGGGCGCCUGGGGCAGAUGGAGGAGGAGCUAGAGGAGGAGCAGAGCAACGCAGAGUUGCUCAACGACCGUUACCACAAGCUGGUCCUGCAGGUGGAGGCACUGACCGCAGAGCUGUCGGCUGAACGCAGUUUCUCAGCCAAGGCAGAAAGUGGGCGGCAGCAGCUGGAGAGACAGAUCCAGGAGCUCCGAGGGCGCCUGGGCGAGGAGGACGCCGGGGCCCGGGCCCGUCAGAAGAUGAUGAUCGCCGCGCUCGAGUCUAAGCUGGCCCAGGCUGAGGAGCAGCUGGAACAGGAGAGCAGGGAGCGCAUCCUCUCGGGCAAGCUGGUGCGCAGAGCUGAGAAGCGGCUGAAAGAGGUGGUGCUCCAGGUGGAGGAGGAGCGGAGGGUGGCUGACCAGCUCCGGGACCAGCUGGAGAAGGGGAGCCUCCGGGUGAAGCAGCUGAAGCGGCAGCUGGAGGAAGCUGAGGAGGAGGCCUCGCGGGCGCAGGCCGGCCGCCGGAGGCUGCAGCGGGAGCUGGAGGACGUGACCGAGUCGGCCGAGUCCAUGAACCGUGAGGUCACCACACUCAGGAACCGGCUGCGACGUGGCCCCCUCACCUUCACCACCCGCACCGUGCGCCAGGUCUUCCGCCUGGAGGAGGGCGUGGCAUCGGAUGAAGAAGCUGAGGAGGGCGGGGCUCCAGCCCCAGAGCCUGACGGGCCUGUUCAGGCUCCGCCCCAGGGACCCUGCUAA